AUGUUAGCUAUUGUGACUCACUUCACGCUUCUGGCUUUAUUAACACCCCUUUCAUACAGCGAGACAACAGAACAAAUUUCAUCCACCGGGAAUACUGAAGGUGGUUUUGGCAGCUUUGAAUCUCCUGGAAAUGUGAGUGCUCUCACAUCGCAGAAAUCAAUGGUUCGAUGUAUUGGUGCAAAGCGGGGGAUUCUUCUAGCAGCUGGAGUACACCUAGACCCCUAUGUUGAGGCAAUCGGUCAGUGUCCUGAAGGAGCCGAUUCAAAGUUAGCAGAGCUCUGCGCCACUGACUUCCACGAAAGUGAGAGUUCAGUAGAAAAGCUUCAAGAUGACCUCCAGUCAGCGUUGAACUCUGGGAGUGGCCUAAAUCUAAGAAUGGAGCUUUAUAAUGUUAUUCAAAAUGUGUCACCGGUGCUAGACGCUACCUCUGGAGUGCUUUAUGCGAACAAGUACUGUGCUCAAUGUCAUCAUGCCAAAAUAAGGAGCCUUCCAAGACAACUUCUCUGCAGUCGCUUUGACGAUAUAAUGAAGUGUUUUAUCGCUGCAGAAAUGCCCACUAAUCCGAAGAACUGUCGUCCUGAUAGGCCGGAACCGAAAUUCAUGUUCCAAUGGGAUUCUAUAUUUAAUCUCCCUGAUGAAACAGAAUAUUCUGGAUCAUCCGACGAGGAUAGGGUUUUCGAGAUACUUCAGUGGAUAUGUUGUGCUUUUUCUAUUAUUGCCCUAAUUUUUGCUAUAAUCGUAUUUACAACUUCUCCAAGACUUAGAAUACCUCUUCCUGGAAAAAUGAUGAUAGCUCUCUGUUUCGUUCUUCUUGGAUCUGUGAUUUUCUUCGUUCUUGCAAGUGGGGUUAUGGAAAUUAUCCCUACUCCAAUGCGACCAUUAUGUGUAGCAUUGGCUUGGUUACUACUUCUUUUCCUGCUUUCGAGUUUUGUGUGGAUGGUCAUGUUCUCCUUAGAGCUUUUCCGAACCUUUGGCCUCACGCGAUUAUUUCGGAAAUUUUUCCUCUGCUUUUGUUGCAGAAAGGAUGGAGGAAGGAAAGGCAAUGCCACGAGCAUGAUGCUACGAGCCCGUGGAUCGGACUCAAACACAUCAACUCGAUUCCGCCGUCAAAUAAUUGCAUCCAUUAUUGUCCCUCUCUCUAUUGGCAUUCCAGCCUUGGCUAUAAAUGAAAGCGCCUACAUCCGUAUAAAGCCAAUCUAUGACGUUUCUACAAACGAAGCUGAUUUAGAAGAUGUUGCAGAAAGUGAACUGGGCACAUUCCUCUAUCGAGUCAAUCCAAACUGUUGUCCUGUCAAUAAGCCUAACUACGCCUGGUUCAGUGGGCACUACACUGCACUACUCAUCUGGUUUCUUGUGCCUGCUGGUAUCAUGAUUUGCUUCAAUAUCCUAUCUUUAAUUAUCGUGUGCAUCCAGAUCUAUCGACUGAAAAGAGAAACUGGGCUUUCAACGAGCUCUUCAAGUCCACUUCGUGAUUCUCAUAAGAAGUCUUCUAAAUCUCUAUUUGCCAUUUGCGCCAAAUUGUCUGUUAUUCUGGGAGCUAGUUGGUUCAUUCAAUUUCUGGCAGCUCUGUGUCCACACCUCUUCUUGCUUCAAAAGAUCGCUGGUCUAAUGACUAAUUCUCAAGGUGGUGUUAUUGCUAUAUCAAUGCUGGCAGGAACGAAAGCUAGAAGAGCGAUGGCGAGAUGGCUGCCAAAACGCUGGCAAGAAGCUCUUGGAAUUAGUGAAUCUACUUCCAGAAGCACACAAGAGAUGACUACUUCUGCUCGAUCAAAGUCACGAAUCACUGGACAGACUGAUUCAACUCAGACAACCAGUUUGCUCCGGAAUAGCAGUAGUUAA